AUGACGCUUCAAGACAAGAUUUUACAGCGCAAAUUGAAUGCGCGUGGCCGCAAGAACUUGGAAUUUGUUCGGGCGCAAAAGCUGCAGAAAGUCGCGUCUAUGAAAGAGGAGAAACGAGCGAAGCGGCAGAAACCUGAGCCUACAGAAAGAGAAGAACGUCCGAAGAAGAAGUUUAAAAAAGAUCAACCGCCUGUAGCUUCUGAAUCCGAAGAGUCCGAAGAUGAAGUUGAAAUCAAAAGCGACGAUGAGUCCGAAGAAGAACCAGAACAGGAAUCGGUUGAAGAAAGCGAAGCAGCAGACAAUUUGCCAGGAACAAGUUCAGGACUCGGUGGGAUUUUGUCCGACUCUUCUUUCGAGUCACUCAAAAGCAAAGUAUCAGCGUCAACCUUGAAAGCCGUUCAGGAAAUGGGAUUCACGCACAUGACUGAGAUUCAGUCUAAGGCAAUCCCGCAUCUUCUAGAAGGCAGAGAUCUUGUCGGAGCUGCGAGAACUGGAAGCGGGAAAACAUUGGCUUUUCUCAUCCCGGCGAUUGAGCUGAUUUCCAGGCUAAACUUUGCCGCGAGAAACGGAACUGGGUGUAUAAUUGUUUCGCCGACGCGUGAGCUGAGCAUGCAAACGUAUGGAGUCUUGACUGAGUUGCUGAAGCAUCACAACCAGACGCACGGGCUCAUAAUGGGAGGCGCGAGUCGAUCCACGGAGAUUGAGAAGCUCACCAAGGGCCUGAACUUCGUCGUUGCGACGCCUGGAAGACUUCUGGAUCAUCUUCAGAACACGACCACGUUUCUUUUCAAGAACCUCCAGUGUUUGAUCAUCGACGAAGCCGACAGAAUCCUGGACAUUGGUUUCGAGGAGGAGAUGAAGGCAAUUCUGCGGCUGUUGCCGAAGAAACGACAGACGAUGUUAUUUUCCGCGACGCAGACGAAGAAGACCGAGGCUUUGGCUGGGAUGGCGUUGAAACGGGAGCCGGUUUACGUAGGAGUGGAUGACCAGAAAGCGACUGCGACCGUUGACGGUCUGGAGCAGGGAUAUGUCGUGUGUCCUUCGGAGAAACGAUUCCUCCUGCUUUUCACGUUUCUCAAGAAGAACAGGAAGAAGAAGGUCAUGGUGUUCUUCUCCUCCUGUUUGUCUGUCAAGUAUCAUCAGGAAUUGUUCAACUACAUCGACUUGCCUGUCAUGAGCAUUCAUGGGAAACAGAAGCAAACUAAGCGAACAACCACGUUUUUCCAGUUCUGCAACGCAGAGACCGGGAUUCUGUUAUGCACAGAUGUCGCUGCCAGAGGACUUGACAUUCCAGCUGUUGACUGGAUUGUUCAGUUCGAUCCUCCGGAUGAUCCCAAGGAAUACAUUCAUCGUGUUGGACGAACGGCCCGUGGGGAAGGUGGGAAAGGAAAUGCCUUGUUGAUCCUGCGUCCGGAAGAAGUUGGUUUUCUCAUGUACUUGAAACAAGCCAAGGUCCCGUUGAAUGAGUUCGAGUUUUCCUGGGCAAAAAUUGCCGACAUUCAAGCACAGUUAGAGAAGCUGAUUUCGAAGAAUUAUUUCCUGCACAUGUCCGCGAAGGAAGCCAUGAAGGCCUAUGUAAGAGCCUACGAAUCGCAUCACCUGAAGAAGAUUUUUGACGUCAACACGCUGGAUUUGAAAGAAGUCGCCAAGAGUUUUGGAUUCUCUGUGCCUCCUCACAUUGAUUUGAAUGUUCACACAAUGAGAAGACCGCAGAAACGAGGCGGAGGAGGUGGAAUAUCCAAUUUCAAUGAGAAGAAACAGCUUGCGAAGGCGAAAAUUUACAAAGACCCUAAGAAAUUCCGGAAAGACAGUCGGCAGUUUACAAGAUGAUCUUGUUGCUAUUUGCACAGUUUCUUUCUGCGGCUGGAAUUACAGUUGAGGAAGCGUU